UGGACGCCCUUGCACACGGCGGCGGCGUGUGGGCAUUGGCGCUUGGUCAACUUUCUGCUCAGCAACGGUGCCGAAUUGACGGCUGUUAAUUCGGAAGGCGAUAUGCCCGUGGACCUGGCCGAAGAUGAUGAAAAGUGCUUGCGCAUUCUUGAAGACGCCAUGCAAGAGCACGGUGCGUUCGUUGACCGCCUGGACACCCAUGGGCAGAGUCUGCUCCACAUUGCAGCUGGAAACGGCUGGUUUGAGGCCCUCAAAGCACUAGUGCAGUGCGGUGCCAAUGUAAAUAUCCAAGACCCUGAAGGCAACACCCCCCUUCACUUGGCUAUCGUCUUCCACAACUUCAAGUGUGCCGAGCACCUGGGCAUGAACGGCGCGCGCCUUGAUGUCUUCAACAAGGCCAUGCAGACGCCGGCAGUGCUGACUGAGGACCCACAGAUGCUGCGUCUACUCAAGCAGGUGGAGAAAAAGGAAAAGUCC